AUGAGUCGUUUAGCUUCGUUCAAGGGGCCGUCGACACCGACGUCGUCGCCGGUGCGCGUGAAACAAGCACCUUCAUCUCCCGGUCAAUCUCCGUCCAAACCGUCCGAAUCACCCUACCACCGCAAAGUCAGGACCCUUAUGCUCGAAUUACGGACGUGUGCGACCACCUGGGACAACAUCGCUCUGAUUGAUGGUCUCAAGGCUGCGAGCUCGCUGGUAGAUGCUAGGACGGAACUCGACAAUACCCUUGGUCUGUUCCCACCGGGUAAACAACCGACCUACCACGUCGUUGAACCCAAGAUAACCUUAAUGGAGUCCCGGAUCGCAGACUUGGACAAGGUCAUCCUCAGGCUAAAGAAACAACUCCACAAAAUGAACGUUAUCAUUGAAAAUCUCGAGGCCAUUCUGUUUGAUGCCCACAAAGUGCGUGGCUGGCAAUGGGCUACCGAGGAACCGCUCUGGAUGACAUGGCCAUUGGAAAGAUUUGUCUCGUCUGCUUCACAAAUACUGGUUCCUUACCGGCGUUCUCUGGAGAUGCAUAUAGACAUCGUCAAUACCCUCCGGUCGCAUUCAGUCCCAUUCGAGACAUCACGUUCAGCGAUCGCAGAUUGGGCUGCUCAACCGCACCUCGAUGAGGAAGGCUGGGACGCAAGAUGGGAAGAACUUUGCUCCGUCGAGAUAGACGGAUGGGAUUAA